AAUGGUAUGCCUCCGGUGACUGAGAAGUAUUGAAGCACAUUGCUUGUCAAUCAAAACUUCCUGCAUCAUCAUGCUGCAUGCAUGACCGGCAGCUCGGUUGCGGACCGCAUCCGAAAUGUUCAAUGCUACUACCUUUUGUGCCAUGUCACCAAAUCAAGCAUCACACACUCCUCCCCUAUGUUCUUAUUGUGGAAACUCCGUCCGUCUGACUCUUAUCAUACAUGAUGCAAGCCACCCGCUACCCCGCCGGCCGAGAAACAUGAAGGUUGGUCCAAUGACCUGGUUGGGGAUUGUCAGACUCAGCGGACUAGCUGGUGUAAAUCCUACAGCCUCCACGUCUUCUCGGAAGCUGGAAAUUCAGAAUACAUAAAUAAGGCGCCUUGCCGCCUGGGACUCAUAUAGAAACAAACUCCAAAAGACAACGAAACAGCAGAAACAGUCACAAUGGGUCGCCAUGAGCUCGAGUAUCCCAAGGAUGCAACCAACACGGUCAAACGCCAUGAUGAGCGCGCCAGCUAUGCCCUGCGCACUAUUCAUGAACUCAUCAAUGGCUCUCCCAUCUUACACAUCUCCUUCAACAUAGAGGGCUCGCCCUUCCCCACGACCCUCCCCAUGCUAGGACAGAUGGGCUCUUUCGCCCGUCCAUCCUCCUCGACGGGAGAUUCACUCGACCUCUAUGUGCACGGCUAUGUCUCCUCCCGGAUCAUGAACAUGGGCAGGAAGCACACCAGCGAAGACGGUCAGAAAACCGAGACGGGGCUGCCCGUCUGUGUCGCAGCCAGCCACGUCGACGGCCUCGUUCUCGCCCUGUCCUCAUUCUCCCACUCAUACAACUACCGCUCCGCCGUUCUCUUUGGCUACGCGACUCUCGUCACCGACGUGGAAGAGAAGAACUACGCGCUGGAGCAGAUCACCAACGGCAUAGUGCCCGACCGCUGGCGCCACACCCGUCUUCCCCUCACCAACGCCGAGCUGCAGUCGACCUCUGUGCUGCGGAUCCGCAUUACCAGCGGGAGUGCCAAGAUCAGGACAGGCAAUGCAGGGGACGAGAGAGAUGACAUGCAGAACGACGAGCUGAGAGAUGGCAAUUGGACGGGGGUCCUGCCCGUCUACUCGAGCAUUGGAACGCCCGUGGGCAGUGAUUACAACAAGGUCGAAGUGCCCGCGCACGUUUCCGAGUUUAUCGAGGACUUUAACCGUGAAAGCAGGGAGUAUUGCGUGGAGGCUAUCAAGAAGAAGUAGCUUUGAGCUCAACUGUAGUGGCAUACGCUUUGGGUGAAUCAUUUCAAGAGGCCAAGGGGGUCUUGGUUUUCUGUAGGCGUAGUAGUGAAAUGUCAACAAUGAAGCUCGAGUUGCUCCACAGUUGUGAGAUGCUUCAGCACCGCAGGCAUUAUGAAAGCCUAC